AUGCGCACCCGACGACAGGACAAGCCCGCGGCCGGGCCGGCCGAGCCUGCCUCGACCCGCUCCGAGGAGCGCGGCACCGCGCCGUCCUCGCCGACCGUCUACUCCAUCACCAAGGUCGAGAGCCCGACCGUCGGCGUGCCGGUGAAGAGCAAGGGCGCAGCGGCCGCCGCAGCCAAGUCGAAACUGCCGGCCCCGGUCCAGUUCCCGCUGGUCGUCGUGCUGAACAUCGCGACGUCGGCCAUUCUGUACUCGAUCACGCACCCCUAUACCAAGGCCGUGCUGGCCGCGCAUGCGAGGAGCCUGGACACCUGGGCCGAGCUGGGCGCGCUGGUGGGCUGGAAGGUUAUCGAACUAGGCCUUGGCUGGUUUGGUAAUUACGAUGGCUAUGAUCUUGCGGCGCUCAAUUUGUUGUCGCAUGGCCCGCCGUUGUAUCUCUUGGCGGCUUUCUACAACACGCCGCCUUCCGCCCUGCUCCUGACGCUUGCGAUCGAGACUUUUGCCACCUACCUGCCCUUCAGGCUGCUCCGUCCUCUCUCGGACGCGCACAGGGAUCCAUCGCAAGCGCACAAUGCCGACCUCUUGACGGACAAGCCGAUCCAGCUGUUGACAUCCCUCCUGUCGGGCGCCAUCUACACCGUGACCCUCUUCGCGGCGUACGCGACCUACCUGCCCACGGCCAUGAUUGUCUACUUCGACAGUCUGCCAUCGAUCGCGGCCGCGCACGAGAGCACCUACGUCAACCUCCUCCCUGUCACGGUGACGCUCGGCUUCGCGGCCACCUUCUUCAUCUUCACCCCUGCGGAAGCCGAGGAGAACGAGAAGCCCAGGGAUUUCGAUCCUGCCAACGCAUCGCUGAAGGAGACCGUGUCGUGGAACUUCUGGGGAUGGAGCAAGAGGGCCAAGAUGAUCAUCAAGCGCACGGCCACCAUCAUGAUCGUGACUGGGGUCAGCACGACGCUUCAGACCUCUCUUACCGUGGCCGGGGCCGAGACCAAGGGUGCCAUGGCGUGGGCUUCGGUCUGGGUCAUCGCAGCCGCCAUCACGGGGUUGGGUCUCGGUGCUGUCGGAAGCGAGUAA